ACUCACAGACACCACAAGCAAAAAAAAAAAAAACAAAUAGAGUAGAGAAGAGCAGCUAUGGAAGACAGCAGAACUCCCCACAUAGCGAUUCUGCCGAGUCCGGGCAUGGGUCACUUCAUCCCACUCGCUGAGUUCGCCAGACGACUAGUACUCCACCACAACUUCUCAGUCACCUUCCUCUCCAUCUCCACCGAUUCCUCUUCCAAUCCUCAACAAUCCGUUGUCGACGCCCUCCCGAAGAAUGUGAAUUCCAUCCAACUUCCUCCAAUUACGCUCAACGACCUUCCUGCCGACAGCAAGAUCGAAACGCACAUCAUAUCCAGUGUCGCACGGUCCCUCCCUGGGAUCCGCGACGUCCUUAAGAGCUUAGUCUCGACGAGCCGGCUCGUCGCGCUCGUCGUUGAUCUCUUUGGGAUGGACGCCUUCGACGUAGCAAGAGAAUUCGGCAUCCCACCUUACAUUUUCUUCCCACCAUCAGCAAUGGCGUUAUCUUUUUGCCUUCAUUUACCCACACUCGACGAACAGUACGCGUGCGAGUAUAGAGAUAUCCCCGAACCGCUGAAAUUGCCCGGUUGUGUGCCUCUUCACGGGAAAGACUUCCUGGACCCGAUUCAAGACCGCAAGCACGAGGUUUACGGACAUGUAUUACGAAAGUUCAAACGUUACAAUGAAGCCAAGGGUAUUUUGGUAAAUAGCUUCGUGGAGUUGGAACCGGGCCCGAUAAAGGCUCUCAAGGAGAAGGAACCGGGUAUCCCGGCUGUCUACCCGGUUGGACCGCUCAUACAGACCGUUGCGAUUGGUGGAGGUGAUGGGUCAGAGUGCUUGAGGUGGUUGGAUGAGCAGCCACGUGGUUCUGUGCUGUUCGUCUGUUUUGGGAGUGGUGGGACCCUCUCGCUUGAACAAGUGAAUGAGCUGGCGUUGGGAUUGGAGAUGAGUGAGCAGAGAUUCUUGUGGGUUGCACGCAGCCCCAGUGAAAAGAAGGCCAAUGCAACGUUUUUCGGUGUGGAAAGCAAUCAAGAUCCUUUGGCUUUCUUGCCUAAAGGGUUCUUAUCAAGGACCAAAGGGGUGGGCCAUGUGAUCCCUUCGUGGGCCCCACAGAUACAAGUGCUGAGCCAUGAGUCUACAGGAGGGUUCCUCACUCACUGCGGGUGGAACUCUACACUCGAGAGUAUUGUGCACGGCGUGCCCAUGAUAGCAUGGCCUCUCUACGCCGAGCAGAAGAUGAACGCUGUGAUGAUGGUGGAAGAUCUGAAGGUGGCCUUAAGGCCCACCGAUGGGGAAAGUGGCAUCGUUGGGAGGGCGGAGAUCGCUCGAGUCGUGAAAGGGCUGAUGGAAGGAGAAGAAGGGAAGAGACUGCGGAGAAGGAUGGUGGAGCUCAAGUAUGCAAGUACCACGGCAUUAGCUGAAGGUGGGUCAUCCUACAAGGCCAUGUUUGAGGUGGCCCACAAAUGGAAGGGCAUCAAGGACGCUUGAACUUUCUUCUUCUUCGAUCAUCUUCACCAUGAUGACUACAUUUUCCUCCUUUUUUUUUAAAUUUUUUUUUAAUUUUUUUUAUUUUUUUUUUUUAAGGUUGGUGUAAUCCGUCUUAGUUACACUCGAGUAUAGGUAUGUUUGUGUUUUAUAUAUUUUAUUUCUCGUUACGUUUCUUUCCUCGAUUUAAAGUCGCGUGAUUUCAACACAAGUAAGUAGCUAAAGUGUGGGACCCAUUCACAUUAACUACUUAUCUAUUGUAAUCAAUCGUAUCAGCGAAAAAAGAAAAGGUGACUUGUUUGUU